AUGUCUGAACCACCAUCCCACUCAGAGUUUAGGAAGGUUAAGGCUUCAGGGGUAGAUGACGGGCAAAACCGUGGUUGUUCCGGUAAUACCAGUAACAACCGAUCGUUUGAAGAUGUGGCUCCAAGACCUGAGUCUUUUAUCGAAGAUGAAGAUGUACAAGAUCCCUAUGUUAACCCUCCUUCACGUAGUAAGGUGAAUCCUCACGCAAAGACUUCAGGUACCGAAGAUUUGAUAGUCAAAGAUGGAACCACUACUAAGCUACCACCUGGGCUCUCAGAUCUGAUUCGUCGUGACGAUAAAUAA